AUGCCAACGAUUUUGCAACUCGUCCAAUACGCCGGUUUCGUUGGAGCGCAAUUGACCAACUCGUUGUGCCUCUAUUUGAUCUACGCCAACGCGUGCGCGAAUUUCGGCCGCUAUCGCGUCAUGAUGAUCAUGCUCAACGUGUGCUCGAUGUUCUAUUCCUACGUGCAUUUGCUCACCCAGCCGGUAAUGCAUAUUCAAGGCGCCGGCAUUCUCUUCUUUCCCGAUAGCUUCGAUUUCGUCAAAUUCGACAACAAUAUCGGGAUUUGCUGUUGCGUGAUGUAUUGCGGCUCCUACACGUUCUGUCUCGCCAUCUUCACCACUCAUUUCAUCUACCGGUAUCUGGCCGUCUGCCAUCCGCCAAUGCUCACCAUUUUCGAUGGUCCCAAAGUAUAUUGGCCGAUGAUUCCGGCUCUCGCGAGCUACGUGGUGUAUGGCGGCGCCGCUUGGUACGGCUUCACACCAUUGCCAUGGAAGAACGACUACUAUCGAGAGGUGCUCAAAAACGUCUAUAAUCACGAUAUUGAGAAGCAUGUCUAUUUGGCGCCGAUUUAUUUUACACGCGACACUCAGAAUCACCGUAUUUGGUUCUGGCCGAGCAUCAUCGGCGGCUUGUGCGGAAUCGCCGUCGAGAUUGUCUGCUUCGCCGUCAUCAUUGUGUGCGCGUCGAAAACCUACGCGAAAUUGAGCUCGAUCGCGUUUGCGAUGAGCGCGAGAACCAAAACGAUGAAUCGCCAACUUUUUCUGAUGUUGACACUUCAGACGAUUCUUCCAACCGUCACCAUGUAUAUUCCAAUUGCCGUUGGCCUCACAUUUCCGCUAUUUGAGAUCGAAAUCGGCCAACUUGCUAAUAGUAUUGGGUGCUAUCUUUCGAUAUAUCCCGCCAUGGAACCCCUGAUUGCCAUAUUUGUUCUGAAGCCGUUCCGUGAGGCGGUGUUGAGUAAGUGA